UCGAGUGUCCAACCUCAGCCACACUUCGGUGAUUACACUUAAAUGUAACUGCACACCUGCCGUCUGACAAAAUAAUCUCAACUCAAGGGUCCACUUACUGGCUUCUUCAGGACUUUCACUGGCAUCGAAACUAACUUGAGGAUAGAUACACCAGUUAUUCUCACUUCAAUGUGUAUUUAUAGUAUUAUGUUUUAGAAGAUCUGUAAAUACAUUACAUACAUGAAGCAUUUACUGAACAAUAUCAACAAGUAAAAAACACAAACUUGAAUUUCACCCUCAACCAAACUAAUACGGCAGCAACAAAUAUUGGAUUUUGACCCAGAAACUAAAGUUUAUCUUCCAAAAGGAAUGACAUCCCCAAAGUGUAAAACAAAGUUUUAACUAAUUAUUAUUUUGAUGAAUUGACUCAUAUUUGAAACCUUCAGUUAAUUUCUCAUCCAACUAAAUUUGGGGAAAAACAAACGGUUGUAGUACGAAAGUUAGAACGGUUGUAUUUAAAACGGUGGUUGAUGCAAUGCAUGGUGGGAUACUGAUGGAGACUUCAAGUUAUGACAGUUUCACAAGUCCAAAAUAACACCUUCAUAGAUGACGGUGCAGAUUGAGAAAGGCGGACUGUCUAAUAAGGUCUUUGGUAUUCCAGUAUCCACGGGUAAUGAAGUUUUAAGUUUUGUGUAAAGUUUCAUUCUCUUUCAUUAAACGAUUAAGUUUAAAUGCCAUAUGGUGACUGUACAAUCUGCAAUCCGCAAUCUUUGCCAAUGGGAACCUUGCCAAACCAGGCACUGAACAGCCCCAAAGGGCCACUGCAAGGACCUCGGCAAUUCAAACCUACUCUCUUAAAGCCAUUAGUGCCCCAGUGUUUACGCUCCUCUCCCUCCAGCCAACAAGGCAUGGAUGGUUCCCAAACAGAAGUGAUAAUGAGGUCUUAAGCCGCCUCGCCGCCGCAGACACAGAGACUCUGGAGCAGAGUGGGCCGCCUCGGUCACCUGCAGGGAACCAAGGCACAGAGAGGCCUGUAGUUCACUGUUGCCUGGGUCACAUGGGACUGUAAGGCAAAUGUGAUCCUGACACAUUGUUCCUGCAUGCAUAAUAGGGCCUUUUCAAGGCUCCUCAGGGGAGACCUGGGAGCCUGAUCUUAAAGAAGUAACGUGACGUUGCUUUAAUGGCUCUCCCUCCUCUCUGCUUUUGCCUAACAGCCUUGUUUAUGAGAAGUUGUCCUGUGACUCACAACUGCCCGCGUUUCCAUUAGCUUUAAGGAAAAUGCAAGACAGAUAAAGUAAUGUUAGUUUAAUGUGAUCUCUCAUCUCAUUCUCUCUGUUGUUUGUUUGUUUUUUUUUUUAGAAUGGUCAGGCCAGGCUGUCCAGUCAUCCUGCUCCACUUGUUCAGCAUCUUCGCACAGACGGGCGCAAGUGCUCAGGAUAUCCUGUAUCCAUAUGGACCCGGCCAUAGGGAUCUAGAGACGCCCAAGAUGGAUGAUGGGAGUUCUCCUGAAAUUACUUUGCUCAUUCCCUUCGUGUUCUUCAAUGUCCCCUACCGUUCCAUCUACGUCAACAACAAUGGUGUGAUCUCCUUCAACGUGCAGGUUAGCCAGUUCACGCCGGAGGCUUUUCCCCUGAGUGACAGCAGGUCGUUCAUUGCUCCACUUUGGGCAGAUGUGCACAACGGCAUCCGCGGAGACGUCUACUACCGGGAGUCCACUGAACCGGAAUUACUGGAUAGGGCGACACAAGACGUCCGAAAGUACUUCAAAAACACGCCCACCUUCAUCGCCGCCUGGGUCUUUAUCGCAACAUGGCACCAAGUCACCUUCUACGGAGGAAGCCAGACAACCCCUGUGAACACGUUCCAAACUAUACUAAUCUCAGAUGGCGUCACAUCCUUCAGUAUGUUCAACUAUGGAGAAAUCACAUGGAGCACAGGAACAGCCAGUGGUGGUGAUCCUUUAACAGGACUGGGUGGGACAACAGCUCAGUCAGGUUUUAAUGGUGGAGACAUCGGUCACUUCUUCAACCUGCCAGGAUCACGGUCAAACGAUGUAGUGAACAUUGAACAGUCGACAAAUGUGAAUAUUCCCGGGCGCUGGUUCUUCCGCGUUGACACUGAACUGAUAGAUCCCGCCAAUGGCUGCAGCUACAAUGGGCGUUACUACAGACGAGGGGAAAUCUUCUGGUUGUCUGACCAGUGCUCACAGCGAUGCCGCUGCCUUGACAUCGACAACGAGGUUCAGUGCCAAGAAGCUCCAUGCGGGCAGCUGGAGACCUGCGAGCAGCAGGAAGGGGCCUUUUACUGCCAGCCCACCCGCACCAGCACUUGUGUGGUCUUCGGCGACCCUCAUUACCACACCUUCGACGGCUUCCUCUACCACUUCCAGGGCACCUGCUCUUACCUGCUGGCCCGGCCCUGCUGGGAAGUGGCGGGGCUGCCCUACUUCAGUGUGGAGGCCAAAAAUGAAAACCGUGGGGUCGCCUCUGUUUCCUGGCUCAGAGAUGUCACAGUGGAUGUGUACGGUCACAGAGUCAUGUUACCCAAAGGCAGUUUGGGAACAGUCCAGGUGGACGGCUUGAUGAAGACCUUACCUGUCCAACUCCAGCUUGGUGCCGUCAGGGUGUAUCAGUCUGGGGUUGCCGUCGCUUUGGAAACAGACUUUGGACUCUUGGUGACCUAUGACGGCCAACACUAUGCAUCCAUCUCCCUACCAAGCUCCUACUUCAACAACACUUGUGGCCUUUGCGGUAACUAUAACGACGACCCUGCUGAUGAUCCUGUGCUACCUGACGGCUCUCUAGCGGAAAGCGUGGUGGAGCUGGGGGGCAGCUGGCGAGCAGAGGACACGGACUGGAGGUGUACGGAUGGCUGCGCCCAGAACUGCAGCGUGUGUGACCCUCUUACAGAAGCCUUCUACUUUCGCUCAGACUACUGUGGGCUCAUCAACAAAACUGAUGGACCUUUUAGGGACUGCAGAGCUGUAGUGGACCCUACAGCCUUUGUGUAUAGCUGCGUGUAUGACAUGUGCAGCAACAGGGACAACAUCACCACACUCUGCCAGGCCAUCCAGGCCUAUGCUCUGGCCUGUCAGGCCCUGGGUGUCACGAUACGACCCUGGAGAUCCCGCACCUUCUGCGCUUUAUCAUGUCCAGAGUUCAGCCAUUACCAAGUGUGCACCAGCGCCUGCCCAGCCUCCUGCUCGGACCUCACCGCUCCCCUGUACUGUGCCCACCCUUGCACCGAGGGCUGCCAGUGUGACCCGGGUUAUGUUCUCAGCGGCAGCCGUUGUGUACAGCGUGAAGACUGUGGCUGUGAGCAUAACGGCCUCUAUUACCCCCUCAACGACACUUUCUGGGCAGGCUCCAGUGGUGAAGAAGGCGAAUGCACCCUCCGCUGCUCCUGCGGGCCUGCUGGGGAAGUCUCCUGCUUCAACGAGUCCUGUAAGGAGGGCGAGGUGUGCGUGGCGGAGGUGGGCCUGCUGGGUUGCUACCCUCGGAGGGAGGGAGUGUGCUCGGUCACCCAGAACUCGGUGACAUCCUCCUUUGACGGCACCUUCCUGCUGUUCCCCGAUGACAGCUCCUACUACCUGCUGAAGCUGUGCGGUGCAGUGCCGGCUAAUGGCUCCACGGUGGAGGUGAAGAUAGGCAGGCGGCUGGUCAACAAAGGCCCCGACUGGAAAAGACCCGUGGUAGUUAGAGUGUCUAACCUGGAAGCUCAGAUCGGAGGGACAGAUUUUGACACGGUGAAGGUGAAUGGUGAACAAGUGCCGCUUCCGUAUGUCCAUCCAACGGAGACAAUGAUGAUCUACAGAGCGCCAGGCAACGCUACAGUGGUGGAGUCCCGUGGUCUGCUGCGUGUCCAUUACGCACGGCAGGGAUUCCUCAACAUCUCCCUCUCCACCCUCUUCUACAACGUCACCUGUGGUCUAUGCGGCGUCUUCAACAGCAAUGCCACCGACGACCUUCGCCUCCCUAACGGACGCCUGGCGGACUCCGCUGAACAGUUCACAGAGGGCUGGCGCGCCAUCGCCGACGACCUCACCUGCAACGGCGAUUGCGACGACCUGUAUCGCAUGUGCACGGACCUGCGUCUCUACCAGAGUCCCUGGAUGUGCGGCAACAUCAACGACCCAGGGAAUAGUUCGUUUCUGGCGUGUCACGCAGUGGUCAACCCCUCGCCGUUCUUCAGGAACUGCUUGUAUAACAUGUGUGUAAAGGAAGGGAACCGCUCGGCCCUGUGCUCUUCACUGCAGGCGUAUGCCAGCGCCUGUCAGGACGCUCAAGUCGGCCUCGCCUCCUGGAGGAGUGCCACCAACUGCCCUCUUCCCUGUCCCGAGAAUAGUCAUUUUGAUGAGUGCACCAGCGCCUGCCCUCUGACCUGUGCCAACUUGGAUGAACCUGAAGAACCAUGUCCUCUGCCCUGCCAAGAGGGGUGUCAGUGUGAGGAGGGCUUCGCGCUGCGGGAUGGCCUGUGUGUGGCACGCAGUGACUGUGGCUGCAUGAGCCACGGGCGCCAGCUGGCCACUAAUCAGACUUUCUGGACAGACUGGGAAUGCCAGGAGCGUUGCUACUGCAAUGGCUCUGACAACAGUGUAUACUGUCAGCUCGCACCCUGUCACCCUGAGGAGUACUGCCAGGAGAAUGACGGCCUCUACUUCUGCCAGCCGCGCACCGAGGCUCUGUGUGUGGCCGCCGGUUAUGGACAUUUUCUGCCAUUUGGUGACGUACCAUUUGAGCUGCAGAGCUCUUGUACUCUCAGGAUGGCCACCACCAACUGUGGCAGAGAGAGCGGGGACCAUGCAGCCAUCACUGGAACUUUUCCUCAAUUCAAACUGGCAGCCCGUAAUGAGGAAAGGGACACAGGCCAGGCAAUUUGGGUGAGGGGCUUUGUACUGGAGGUCUACGAUUAUGAGAUUGAAGUCUCUCGAACCUACAAAAACACCGUUACGGUGAAUAAGGAGCGUUUGUACCUUCCUCUGAAGCUGGGCCCAGGAAAGGUCAACAUCUUCACCUUAGGCUUGCAGCUCAUUCUGGAGACAGACUUUGGCCUGAAGGUGGCCUUUGACUGGAACACGCUCCUCCUGUUGACUUUGCCCCGCAACCUCUACAACACCUCCUGCGGCCUCUGCCAAGGCAUGCCCUUAUCCCCCCCCACCCUCACCACCACCGACUGGGGCAUGGCCUGGGCAGAGAGGGACACCUUCUGCCAGGUGGGGUGUGGAGACUCCUGCCCACGGUGUGGCCUGGGAGAGAAAAGCGUGCAAAACGACGCCCCCCUCGCGGUGGCUGACGCCAACAUGGACAUGGGCGCUGACGACGGGGCGAACGAAGUCAACACAGGCAUACGUUUCCACAUCGGAGAUGGACUGUAUGUGUUUGUGGAGCCUGAGGCGGUGAGGCUGUGUGGGCUAAUUGUGGAUCGAGGAGGUGUGUUUGCACGCUGUCACAGCAAGGUGGCACCAGCCUUCUUUUAUCAAAGCUGCCUGCAGGACACCUGCUUGGACCAGGGAGCUCAGGACACAGUGUGCAACUGGCUGCAGGUCUAUGCAAGCACCUGUCAGACCCAAGGAGUUCCUGUCACCGGCUGGAGGAGUGACACACCAUGUGUCCAGAGCUGUCCACCUAACAGCCAUUACUCCAGUUGCAUGUCGGUUUGCCCGCCCCAGUGCGCCCCAGCCCGGGGCCAGAGGGACUGCAGCCAGGACUGUGUGGAGGGCUGCCAGUGUGACCAGGGCUACGUGCUCAACGGCAAGAGCUGCAUCCUGCCUCAGAACUGUGGCUGCUACACCGAUGGCAAGUACUAUGAGCCCAAGCAGCUGUUCUGGAACAGCGACUGUACCAAACGCUGCCAGUGCAUCGGGCGAAACCUGAUCCAGUGCGACCCGAGGCGCUGCAAGGCGGAGGAAGAGUGCACCCUGCGCUACGGAGUGCGGGGCUGCUUUGCGCGGCGCUCCCAGCACUGCGUGGCGUCGGGCGGCGGGGUGUUCAGAACCUUCGACGGGGCGUCGCUGCGGCUCCCGGCCUCUUGCUCCUUCGUCUUGUCCACCAACUGUCACAAGCUGCCGGACCUCUCCUUCCAGCUCAUCGCUAACUUCGAUAAAUGGAGCACGCCCAACCUCACCACCAUCUCUCACGUCUACCUUUACAUCAAUGAGGAGAAUAUACUGAUCUCUGGCAGCACGAUCAAGGUCAACGGUACACCGGUAUCAGUACCGUUUCUAACUGGGCUGAUGACGCGUCUGUCCACGUCCGAAGGUUUCAUUGUCAUCGACACACCCCAGGACAUCCAGGUUCGAUACAACCGCUUUAACACGCUGAGCAUCACUAUGGGCCAGCGGCUUCAGAACAAGGUGUGUGGCCUCUGUGGGAAUUUCAACGGAGACCCCAGCGACGACUACAUCACCUCGAGGGGCAAGCCGGCUGUCAGCGCCCUGGAGCUGGCCCAGAGCUGGAAGACCAACGGUAUGCAGAACAGUUGUGACGAGACCCAGUACGUGGCUCUGGCCCAGUCUUGUGACAACACAGCGGUGCUGGCGCUGCAAGGUGAGGAUGCCUGUCAGAAGCUCACCCAGCUGAAGGGUUUCUUCCAGCCGUGCCACGGCCUCCUGGAUCCCCGGCCCUUCUACCAGUCCUGCUACCUGGACGGCUGCUAUAAUCACCGCAAGGCUCAGGUCUGCGGCUCGCUGGCGGCCUACGCCGAGGCCUGCCGCUCCAUGGGCACCCUCACCACCAAGUGGAUCACCCAAGAGAACUGCUCAGAAUGGAUCUACGACCCCUGUGCAGGAGAGAUCUGCACAAACUUCACCUGUGAGCUGGAGAACGGAGGUGACCUGUGCGGCUGUCCAGAACUCCCCACCAGCACUGGAGGUGAUGAUGACAUCAUACAGGCAGAGGUGACCUGCAAGCAUGCUCAGAUGGAGGUCUCUAUCUCCAAGUGUAAGCUCUUCCAGCUGGGCUUUGAACGAGAGGACGUCAGGAUCAACGACGAGCACUGCGCCGGCGUCGAGGGAGAGGACUUCAUCUCCUUCCACAUCAACAACACGAAGGGACACUGCGGCUCCAUCGUGCAGUCGAAUGGCACUCACAUUAUGUACAAAAACACAGUCUGGAUAGAGAGUGUGAACAACACCGGGAACGUCAUCACCAGAGACCGGACCAUCAAUGUGGAGUUUUCCUGCGCCUACGAACUGGACCUGAAGAUCUCGCUGGAGACCGUCCUCAGACCCAUGCUCAGUGUGAUUAACCUCACCUUACCGACCCAGGAAGGGAACUUCAUCACCAAGAUGGCUCUGUAUAAGAACUCCUCGUACCGGCAUCCGUACAGGGAGGGGGAGGUGGUGCUGAGCACACGGGACAUCCUCUUCGUGGGCGUCUUUGUGGAAGGGGCAGAUGAAAAUCAGCUCAUCCUCAUAGUGAACAUGUGCUGGGCCACGCCGUCCCGCUACAGCAGCGACCGACUGCGCUACAUCAUCAUAGAGAGGGGGUGUCCGAACAUUAAGGACAACACCAUCGGCAUGGCAGAGAACGGCGUAUCCCUCACCUGUCGCUUCCACGUCACCGUCUUCAAGUUCAUCGGGGACUACGACGAGGUCCACCUCCACUGCGACGUCACCCUGUGCGACUCAGAAACCAGCGCCUGCAAAGUGAACUGUCCACACAAGAGAAGGAUGUACUCGGAGGACAGCGACCAUAAAGAGCACAUUCUGUCUGUGGGACCCAUAAGAAGGAGAGAGUCAGACUGGUGUGAGGACAACAACGGAGGCUGUGAGCAGAUCUGCACCAGUAAGGGAAGCGGGCCAGUCUGCAGCUGUGUGACUGGGAUGCUGCAACGAGACGGGAAAAGCUGCCGGACUGUGAGCUCCAGCUGUAACGUUACACCUGUGGUUCCUCUGCUGAUCGUCAGCGGCCUGAUCUCCGUGCUCCUGCCUCGUGCUCGCGCUCCUCUCAUCUCCUAACACCCCGUGAGCAAAGGAAGGCAACAGACGAAACAGAUCAAACACAUUAAAAAAAGACUUGAAGAUGCACAGUGUAUCCGCAGUGAUUAGCCAGUAGAUCAGCUGUGUGUCAGUGUGAAAACGUAGACAGAAUACAUACCUGCUUUUCCUAAACAUGUGGACAGUCAGUCCUGCUGAAAGUCUUAAGUGUCUCCCCUUCCCAUUCGUUCUCCAGCUCCACUUCCUCCAUUAUUUACAUACGUGAGGACACCUCAUCGUGUGUUGUCGGUCACUUAAAGCAGCUAUGUGUAGAUUUUGUACGUGAUUAUAACAUCUUUCAGAUUGCUCUGAUGGUUUGACGUGUGCCACAGUGUCUGGAUGACGCCAAAGAAAUUGUUCUAAUCCUACACGUAGUGGGUUUAAGGUUUAUUUAAUGCAAGGAAACUAAAACGAAUGGUUCUUAUUAGAGAGGGAGGACGGUUACAUAACAAAAAAAAAGUCAGCAACAUGUAAGAAGAAUGCGAUGUGAACUGAGACAGUGGCGUGGAAGACAAAUACUUUGAUGGCGGUCCCGCUUUCCAACCUCCACCCUCUUUCUUUACAUUCCUUACAUUACUUUCUACAUUGGAACUGAACAUUGCUGCUGAAUGUACAGAACAAUUAUGUAGUGAACAUAAUUGCAAAGAGCCACGCAGCUUUGUCUGGAUGAUAACAUCUGAUCCCAGGUCUGUGCAUUUACACCUGGUAUCAACAGGCGUUCUCAUUAUCUUGGUUGCGCCCGCAUUGUGAUUGGCUCUCAAUAUGCAGCUAUUAGUUGGGUGCAGCGACUACAGAAUGCAUCAGGUUAAAGGGUCCUUGUGAGGAGCGUCUCUCACGCACACGGGGGGUUGUCAUGUGACGGCGACAUCAGUUGGCUUUAUGGGAACAUUCCCGGGGCGUCGAGGGAAGUCAAGAAUCCACCAUGUGAGGCAUCGAGUCGACCUCCACGCAGUUUAUGUUCCCUGUUACACUAUUACCUAAGAACCUGGAGCUAAUUAGUCAUUUAAUGAAUAUAAACUUUUCUUUGUUAUGUUAUAGUAAAAUGAAUAUAUAUGGAUUUUAGACUGUUACUCAAAACAAGAAAUUUGAAGAUGUCAUGUUGGGCUUCAGGAGACUGAGAUUUUACAGACCAAACAAUUUAUUGAAUCCACGAGAAAAUAAUCAUCAGAUUAAUCGAUUAAAGGGUUUUUCCCCUUGAAAAGUGUUAAAGUUCCAUAUUUUACACUUUUCCUGUGUUUUAUUUAAAGUAUCGAUGCAUAAGAAAAUAUAUUGGUGUAGUUUUACAUCUCCUCUCUCAGGCUUCUCCCUGGAGCUCUCUUGAGUAACAACAGGUCGGUGAACCAAUCAGAAGAGAGGAAGCAAGUUUAAUUAAUUUUACUUUCACAGAAGAAGGGGCUCGCCUGUCGCUGGUUAACUAACCUUUGCACAAAUUAUUUUUGGCAUGUGCAGUAUGUAAUCUAAACAAUGUGGCCAGACAUACAGAUGCCAUUUACUCCUGGCUGAGAACCAAUCACAAUGUGACGCAGACCUCCUCCGAAUAUGUUCUGGCUGGUGUGAUAGCAUUCCCACUGCAAUGCGUUCAGUGUGUGUUUACACGUCCUUAUCCAGAUAGAUUAUUAGCAGGUGUACAUGUCCUCUAAAUGUCCUGCUGUAAAAGAGUCUUGAAUUAAAGUGUGUGAAUAUAAACGGCCCUGACUGCCUAUUGGACAAUAUAUCUACUGGCUACCUUUAAAGCUGAUUUAUUUGCUUCCUAUUUGACCUUCAGACCAAUUACUCUAAUUACAGUGUUUAACAAAAUCUGCAUCGGCUUGUGGCGGCAAAAAGGCAGUGAAUCACGUAAAAACUCUGUGACAGGAUAUUCUGUAAAGCAAACAGUGGCGGAGAGUAAACUGUAAACGGGCGGGAAAGUGGAGUUUAUGAAUGAAGUGAGUGUUUCUGUGUGAGGAGAGCACUUUGUGAAAUGAAUUCUCUGAUAUUUUAAACGCAUUGUGGCCGUGAGAUGAUGCAAUCAGUUGUGCCAUUUAAAUAUUUCAUUUCAGUCUUAAUCAGUUAUAGCUUCCUCGUGUCACUGCAUGUAUUAUCUACCACGCGCUGACUGUUGGCUCUGACUGACUGUGAGCAUCAGCUUGCAGGGAAGGACGGACAUGUGAGGGCAUGAUACUGUUAUACUGUCAACAGACAAAGUAAGUACCGCUCCCGCUCAGUUGCUUUCUAUUUGGCACCUUAUGUGUUAUAAAUGUCAAUGUGUGGCCACAUUAUGUAAACCUUCAGUGUUCUUUACUGAAGCCAGUUGAGAUUCUCAGUUUUGAUUCAGUUCAUAGACGUUAGUCGUAUUUUGCUGCCUUCUAUGUACAAAUGUACAGUCCUUGUCAGUUUGCUGGUUUAUGUCUUGACUGUUUUUGAUAAUCAGUAUCUUUUUUUUUGUGUGUGUGUGUGUGUGUGUGUUUUAAAAACAUGACCAAAAGAUGUUUUAUCCUUUGAGAGCAGCAUCACCUUACUUUGAAUAAAUGAAGAAGUUCUCAAA